CGGUCGGCCUCGUACGAACGAUUUUGACGACGUGCGUGAGAAGUAAGAAGAUCCAUUAUUAUAAAUUUCCCCGUUUUGCUUGCUGGCCUCUGCAUUCGUCGCUUCGUUCGUUGGGGACAGCGUCUGCUCGGAUCGCAUCUUCGAAUAAAAUGUCCUACUCAAUCGUUGAGAAAGGUGCCCUCAAUUCCCUUCAAUAUCAAGUUUACUUCGUUGGGCCUGAUGGAGGCUAUGUAUCACCUUUUCAUGACAUACCAUUGUAUGCUAGCAAGGAGAAGAAGAUUUUUAACAUGGUUGUUGAGGUACCAAGAUGGACAAAUGCCAAAAUGGAGAUAAGCAAAGAAGAGAAAUUGAAUCCAAUCAAACAGGACAUAAAGAAAGGGAAAUUGAGGUAUAUAAAUAACUGCUUUCCACACCAUGGAUACAUCUGGAAUUAUGGAGCUUUUCCACAAACAUGGGAGAAUCCAAAGCAUAUUGAUGCCCAUACAUUGCAGAAGGGAGAUAACGAUCCCUUGGAUGUUUGUGAGAUUGGAUACAAGGUGAAGAAGAGAGGAGAUGUUGUGCAGGUGAAAGUACUUGGGGUCAUGGCUUUAAUUGAUGAAGGUGAAACAGAUUGGAAGAUACUGGCCAUUGAUGUGAAAGAUCCACUGGCAGACAAACUUAAUGGUGUGAAAGACAUUGAAGAACAUAUGCCAGGCUUUUUAGCAGCGACCCAUGAAUGGUUCAAGAUAUACAAGAUGCCAACUGGCAAACCAGCCAACCAAUUUGCUUUUGAAGGGAAACCUAAAGAUCGAGAAUUUGCUCUGGAAAUCAUAUGCCAAGCCCAUGAGCAGUGGAAUCAACUAAUCCAUGGCAAAGCUGAUCCAGCUGGAAUAUCGUGCAUGUGCACCAGUUUAAAAGAAAGCAAGUUCGUCAUAUCAAAGGAAGAUGCCGCUGCUGUCGUCCACGCCGCGCCACCAGCCGCUCCUGCUGAGGAUGUACCAGAAAUGGGACUAUGUAAAGUUAUGAAGAUGGAUUAUCAGCCCAUAUAAAGACUAUCUUACAGAUUUUGAAGAUUUGAUUGA